CUCCCGCUCAGCCCAACUGCCCGGAAAGUGGGAUGAUUGGAUGAUUAGCUAGCUAGGUACCUAUCCGGAGAUAAAGUUCUAGCUUCCAUACCUGGCAGCGGCCCUUAACCUUAUCCGCCUGCCGAGUCUGUUAUCGCACCCAACAGAUAAAGUAACAGAUGCAAUUGAUUGCAUCACAGAUCUGAUGCAACUAACACAUCUCAUUACCUAAGAACCUUUUAGGCAAGCUUGAUUACGAUAAACAUUCAUUUCAACCAUCACCUCAACAAUCCGAAGCCUCGCCUCUCUCUUUCUCUCUGUAUUUGUUCCACAUUCAGCCUCACCACCCAAUAAAAGACGGACGACGAGAGAAUACAAUAAUACAUUUACUACCACCUACUCCCUUCGGUAUUUCAUUCGAUUAAAUCAAAUCGAACUACGUCGAACGCAAUCCGCACAUCUCCACACACAGCGUGAAAGCCAUGGCCGCACCCACGAACAAGGCCGGCGACAAGCCCGCCGCCGAAUCUUCAAAGGAGCAGUCGCAGCAGCCCCAGCCGCAGCAGAAGCCGGCCACCGCACUAGAAGAGGAUGACGAGUUUGAGGACUUCCCCGUAGAGGACUGGCCGGCAGAGGAGACCGAAGCAGCAGCGACGGCGGUGGCGGGAGGCACCGGCACCACGACGCAGCACCUAUGGGAGGAGAGCUGGGACGACGACGACACGUCCGAUGAUUUCUCCGCUCAGCUGAGAGAGGAACUCAAGAAAGUCGAAGCUUCGAAGCGAAGAUGAGAGACAGAGAAAGAGGGAGAAAGAAAGAGAGAGAGAGAGAGAGAGAGAGA